UCGUCAGAAGCAGACUUCAAAUAAAUAUAAAUAAAAAGAAAAAGCCAAAAAAAGAAAAAGCAAAAAAGAAGAAGAAAACACCAUCACUACACAUCACACUUUUCUCACAUAAGGGCCUCUGCUUUUUCUUCUUCAUCUUUGAUGAGCUCUUUGAUUUUGACUUAGCUUCACUCUUCUCAGAUCAGGAUAGUCUGUCGUGCCGUGUUAGCUGUACUGAUAUUCUUGUAGUUGUAGCUUUGGAGUCAACCAUGUGAUGAAGAUUGUACCCAGGCCUUCUUAAUAUACCUGCUUAUUCAAAACAUCGCCAGAUUCAACUCUUUUUGCUACAAACAUGUCUGCGUUACCGAAAAGUGAUUCUAUCCAAAUUAGAGAGGUAUGGAGCGAUAAUCUUGAGGAGGAAUUUGCUUUGAUCCGUGAAAUUGUGGAUGCCUAUCCUUACAUUGCCAUGGACACUGAGUUCCCUGGGGUGGUGCUUCGCCCUGUUGGCAAUUUCAAGCAUAUCAAUGAGUAUAACUAUCAGACCUUGAAGGAUAAUGUUGAUAUGUUGAAGUUGAUUCAGUUGGGUCUCACAUUUUCCGACGAAAAUGGAAACUUACCUAUUUGUGGGAGCGAGCGUUAUUGCAUUUGGCAAUUCAACUUCCGUGAAUUUGACACAAGUGCAGAUAUAUUUGCAAAUGAUUCAAUUGAAUUGCUGAUGCAAUCUGGGAUUGAUUUCAAGAAGAACAAUGAAAUGGGAAUUGAUGCAAAACGGUUUGGUGAGCUCUUGAUGUCUUCUGGAAUUGUUUUGAAUGAUGGGGUCCAUUGGGUGACAUUUCACAGUGGGUAUGAUUUUGGAUACUUGCUCAAGCUAUUAACAUGUAGGACUUUGCCGGAAACACAAGCAGGGUUCUUUGAUUUGCUUAACGUGUACUUUCCACUGGUUUAUGAUAUCAAACACCUGAUGAAGUUCUGUAAUAGCCUUCAUGGUGGCUUGAACAAGCUGGCGGAACUGUUGGAACUCGAGAGAAUCGGUAUUUGUCAUCAGGCAGGGUCAGAUAGCUUACUAACCUCGUGUGCCUUCAAGAAGUUAAAAGAUAACUUCUUUAAUGGCGCUACUGAGAAGUAUGCUGGGGUCCUGUAUGGUCUCGGUGUUGAGUAUGGAUCUGAUAAUAAAUAGACUGACUUUGUGUACUUACUGGAAAAUAAAAUAGAGAAGGGGUUCAGUGUAUGUCGAGCUGGGUAGGUUAUGUAUCAUGUGUCUGUAAGAAAUUAAUUGUGAUAAAGUAUUUGUAAGACAGUUUGGACUUUCACUGAGGGUACUCAGUUUCUAAUCCAUUGUUUAUUCAGCUUUGAGCA